AUUUCCUGCAUCUAACAGGUUAAGGGGGGAGGAUGGACUAAAGGCGUCCCUUUCAUGCUGCGUGUCCCAGAAUGCCCUCCUUCUGGCUUUCUCUCAAAAUCUGAGUCUGGCUGCACUCCCAGAUCCUGCGAGCCCUUCUCCAUUUUGCAGUCCGUGCAGCUAAAAGCCCGGUCACCAUGUUAUCGGUCCUUGCACAGAGGUCGCCCCUUGUGGCCAAGUUGAGGGUUUUGGGAGCCGCCAGCGUACGAGCGGCUCACAGCCACGAGAGCGCAGAUGUCACACCGCAUUACACAAAGCCGAUAUAUUAUGACAGCCGCGUCUUACCUUUACCCGAGAUCCCGUUCCACGAGUCGCUGACCUCGCAGCAAGUGUCCCUUAAAGAGAAGGAGAAGGGGUCCUGGAAGCAGCUAAGCCAAGAGGAAAAGAUAUCACUAUAUCGGAUAAAAUUCAACCACACGUACGCAGAGAUGAAAAAGCCUACCAAUGAAUGGAAGACCGUAAUCGGGGGCAUGUUGUUUUUCUUUGGCGUAACUGGUCUUAUCGUCUGGUGGCAAAAAGUUCAUGUGUUCCCGACCCUCCCGCACACCCUCCAGGAGGACUGGAAAUCCAUGCAGCUCCAAAGGAUGUUGGACAUGCAAGUGGGACGUAUAGAAGGUAUUUCCUCCAAAUGGGACUAUGAGAAAAAUCAGUGGAAGAAGUGAGAAGGG